AUGUAACAACAACGACCACAAACUGCUCAUCAGCCCAGUCUCUCUUCUAAUCCAAUAGAAUCGCCUGCCAAAACUCUUAAUAUGCUGACAAGUCUACAAUUAUCAACCAAUAGAAAAUUAUUAGAACAAUUCCCUAAAGAUGCUCAUGCUGAUGUGGUAAUCCAAGUGAAAAACAAAAGGUUUGAAUUAUAAAAGGCUCAUCUAAGAAUUGAAAGUCCAUUCUUUGAUUGCGAUAAAUAAGUCAUCUCAAUUCAAGAAUAUGAUCCAGAUAUUUUUGAGGGAAUUCUCAAAUGCUUUUAUGGAGGAUAAUAUAUCAUAUACACAUAUCAAGAACUCUAUCUUGCUUAUCAAAUAUGUAGUUUCAUAAAAUGUGAUGGUUUGUGCAAAUAAAUUGAAGGUUCAUUUCAAAUCAAUAAAAAAUCAUUUACCUUUGCCCUCUAAUUAAGUGAACUCUAUGGACUCGAGGAUCUAAGAGUAUCUUGUUAUGAAUUCUUGGAUAGCAACCCCGACGCAUUCCUACAACUAUUUGAUCUUGGGAUGUUGAAAUUGAAGAAGAAUCAUAAGAAAACGACCCCUUCAGAUGUCCUAGGAUUAAAUAAAGCUUGCUUCAUUCAUCUAAUCUAGGCCCAUAACACUUAUAAAAAGACUAAAUCGGAAUAAAGACAAUAUCUAACAAAUUAUGAGAUAUUCCAAAUCCUGGAAUUAUACAACUCAAAUGAGGAGGAUCUAAAAGAAUUAAUUGUGAAAUUGAUUGACAGGAAUUCCCUCACAAGUGAAGAAUACUAUAAAAUUUACCAUCAAUUAGCUUGUAGACAAUCCCACACAAUUUUAGAUGAACCUCAUAUUCAACCAUGUCAUCAAUCUGUAAAAGAUUAUCAAUUGCAACCAUAACCAGAAAAGAAUUAUUUUGAUUAUUUCGAUGUGAAUAAAAGUGAAAACUACUUUUACAAAAAGCGUAUGUCUGAAUUAGAAGACUAAAACAAAGCAUUAGAAUAGGAGACACAAAAGUUAUCCAUAGCUCUAGAAACAAGCAUGAAAAAUACUAAUAAUUUUAAAGAUACAUUAUUAGAAACUAUCACUCAAAAAUUAGACAACAAAUUAAUUGAAAAGGAUAAAGAAAUAGAAAAUCUCAGAUAAGAACUUUUAACUCUGAAAAGUUAGAUCAACCAAAAGGAUAGAACUAUCAUAGAAUUAGAAGACAGCAUAAAAGAUAUAAAUGACAGAGAAAUCAUUACUCUGAGAUCCUAAAUUGAAACCCUAAAAAGCUAACUAAUUCAAAGAGGCUAAACAGUUUCUGAAUUGUAAUAUAGUGAACCGGACUUUAAUGAUCAGACCUUAGAGUCCAUGAAUCAAUUCACUACUAGUCAAUUUCUUCAACAACAAGAAUUGGCUAAGUCGGAGUACUAAUUUCUAAAACCCCAAACUGUUGCAUAAAGCCAAAUAUAAUUAACUGUCCAAUAAACUGAAAGGUUUCAAUAUGAUGCCGAACCAGUCACUUUAGACAAAAUUAAUCAACUUAAUUAUAUCUUUGAUCACCUAAAAAUCACAAUUUUCUCUCAAAUCUACCUAAGAAGACUUCAAUUAGGAUCUCUUAGUGGGUAUGAUGUUGAUUCUUUUAAAAACAAUUGCUCUGGAGUCGAAAAUUUACUUAUUUUGGUUAGGGUUUUUGAUUAUAAUAAAAUCAUUGGAGUUCUCGUAUUUGGAAAUGAAAAGUAUUUGCUAAAUAUAUCGAAUCGCCAAAUAUAGGAAUUGGAUAGCAUUUUCCUAUUUGAAGACAACAUCAUAGAGAUCCCAGGCCAACUCACUAUUUGCAAUGGUUGUGAUUCUAACACUUGUUACGGUUAAACCUCUUUGACAGGCAAUAAGGAAUUUGUAGUAGAAGAUGUUGAAGCUUAUUCAAUUGAAAUUAGUCAUAAUUUAUGA